CACAUCAGCAGGAUUAGUUUAUCCUUGCACAGAGGAUGGUACUAUUAUAUCUUCUGACUUUCAAGGAAACAUCGAAGUUCAAGAUGAACUUCAUGUCGAAGAUGAGCAAAGAAAAAGGUCUCAGGUCUCAAUUAGAAUCUCCGAAUUCUGAUUGUGAGACGACCGCUCAAUCAGCUACUUUAGUUUCACAUGUAAGAAAGACGAGGGCUAAAUGAAAAAGCAAAAUCAUUGAUGAUGAUGAUGAUGGUGCUGCUGAGUUUUUCAUAUCCGAGGUCGAGAAAUAUCCUAUUUUAUGGAAUCACAAGCUGAGCAUGGCCGAACGGAAUAGAGAUGCAAUUAGAAGGGACUGGGAGAUCGUUAUGAAGAAAAUUCAAAUUUCGAAAUUUUCGGAGCAUUUGCUUACAAUCGAAUCAGUGAAGAAUAAAUGGAAGACAUUACGAACUUCGUAUGGUAGAAAACUGGGUGAGGAAAAAUCUACGAAAAAAAGUGGUGCAGCUGGGCCAAAUCAGGGAAAACCUUGGAAAUUCAUGAAACAAAUGGAGUUUGCUAGAGACACAUUUCAACCUGUUCAAACUCCCAAGAGUAAUUUUGACGACCAAAACAUUUCGCCAAUUGACAACGCUGCUAAUCCAAGUUCACGUAGACGUAUGAAGACCGACGAUGUUCUACGAGGCUUAUGUAAUAUGUUGGAUCAACCACCACCAGUACUAACUCUACCUCAACCAAUGCCACCAGUAUUGCCUCUCGUUAAAGAUGAUGAUGAAGUGAGUCUGUUUCUCGGGCUGAUUGGUGCCAGCUUGAGGCGCAUCCCGGAGGCGGCUCGACAUGGAUGCAUUCUCAUAGUGCUCACUUACACGUAUAACCUGGAGGACAAUCCUGCGCAGUUCUAGUCGAUGGAUUGCUGCUGAUAGUUUCGAGAAAAAUCUCCACACCUUCGUUAUUCAUCUAGUUCUAUUUCCUUUAGUAUUAUUUUAUUUCGACGGGUCCUGGAAAAACUCGGGUAACGCAGAAAAAUUAUCCAAUCUCAUACAGAGAGAAUACAGAAAUAUCAUAAUUC